CUCUUGCGGCCCGGCGCCAGCGGUAUCAUCAGCGGCAGCAGGCGAAUACGACGUCCCAGGCGGAGCUGACCCGGUUAGAGCCUACCUUUCAGUCACAGUGGCAGAUUACCCGGUUCCAACAUACCUCGCUGCUACCAUUACAGGCGGAUACGAGCGAGACUACGCCGCUCACCUCGAC